ACCGCUCCCCGAUUCAUUCUCUGUUGGAAUAGACUUGGGACAUGGCAUCUGGGCACUCAGGUUUGCAAAAGGAGGUGCUCGCUUUGUAUCGGAGCGCUCUUCGGAUGGUCCGGACGAAACCAGUCGCAACACGCCCAAGCUUCCGUUUGUUCAUCCGCUAUAGUUUUAAGACGCAAGCGGAAUCAAUAUCGCCUCGUGAUGUCUCGGCAAUAGAGCAUCUUCUGCGGAAGGGAAGACGACAACUAGAAACGUACGAAGACAUCAAAGUACGGAACAUUUGGGUCAGUAAAGCCAUGCAGGAAUGGGAAGAGAAAGAGGGCGGACGACGAAAUCUCCAGUAACAAUAAUCUCUUCAUCUUUUAACGGACGAGAGCGGAAUUCCGGCGUAUGAGAUUAGAACCAGGCAGCUAGCACACAACGGCACACGACAGAGGAAGCUAAUGAGAACACAUGUCAUGAUGAAACCCGCCCGGAGUCUAUGACCGCUUCGCAUUCUGUGAUGUGCCGGCGAAUAGUCCCUCGACAGCAAGGUUAACUUCUUGCGGAGGUGCCUCCGGGGCAAGUUUUUGCUCCGCCUUUUGCUCUUCUCGUGCGAUCUGCUCCUCCUGCUCCUCCCCUUGCUUCUCCUCUUCACUCAGCUUUGCCAGCCUCUUCUCCUCAAGAAUCUUGAUUGCUUGUUCAUAGGCCAGGCGUCGUUCGUUGAUCACGUACUUAAUACGUGCCAUGGAUUUGCGGACCUACAAGGAACUGAGGCCCUUGAGCCGGCUAUAAGAGAUACCAAAGACAUACCUUGUGCGACUGUACAGAAGUUGACAUCCGCGAUGCAAAGAUACCUAGUCUUCUUCCUUCCUCCUGCUGUGUGGCGAGAAGGUUCCGUUCCCGCAAGAGAACAUACCAGAGGGUGUGCAAGUCCUUGAAGCUCUUGCGGCGGAGUUCAGCAGCGGACCAUGGCCGGCCUAAGUCACGUAGCAAUCUCGGUCAUUCCGAAAAUAUGCGAUACUGAAGGGAUCGCACUUGAGCCAAGAUUGGCAUGCUCGCGGGUCUGCAGAGUCUCGUACUCUACCUGUCCGUCCUUCUCGAUCCGACGGAAGAAUCCAUAGAGCCCGUGAUUGGAAUCACCCUCGACACCAAGAUGCGGACGCGAGUGGCCUUCGGGUAUCCUCGCUUUCGACCCACUGAGAGCGACAGCCUUUGAGGCGGUAAGAGUGUCCGGAAGGACCGACGCGAAAGUUCGAUUUUGAGCACCGACGACGGUAGCAGGAGUUAAUGAUCUUAAAGAAAAGCAGGCGAGACCCUGCAGGGAUCGUGGCAGUGUCGAGAAAAGCAUUCUGGAGGGAAACCGGCCCCGCUGGACGCGUUUGUGACCUGGUUCG